CAAAGACUUUUUUUGAAGUUUGGCUAAGAAUGAUAACUUGUGGGAAUCUUAAAGAUGGGAAAGAUGUGGAUGUAUUUGAAGACAACAGAGGAAGGCAGUAGGUUCAACUGAAAAUACUCUCUGAAAAGCUACCAAAGAUGUCUUGAUUGCCAGAGAACACAGAGCUUUUUUGCUGGAAUCAUACUUGAAGUCUUUCUAGCAUGGUAGAAUCAUGGGUUCCAGGUUUGUGCUCCAUUGGCAUAGCUUAUGAGAAUGCUAUACCAUGAUGAGGCAUUAAAACAGGACUUCAUGGAGUAUGCUGGAUAGACCUCCUGAGGUGAAUUUAUGGGACAACCAUAGACAAAAAUCACAUCGGAUGUGUAAAAAGAAUAAGAAAUCUGGACCAAGAUUAUGGGCCAACAGUUCAACUUUAUUUAUUGUGAGUAAAAACAAGUUGGAGUCUCCUGACACCCACUCAGCCAUGAAGAUCUCAAGUAGAAGUUCAACAGCAUGUUUUAAAGGUUUUUGACAGCUAAUCAUGCCCUUAACAAAGCAGAAGGAACACAGAAUGCUAGUAAACCUGUGAUAGCAUUUAGAAACAAGGCUUUGUAACAUUUGAUAUGAAGUCCCAAGUUCUGGUGCAAGGCUAAGAUAAGACAAUUGAAUUAAUCCUAAAGAACUGUCUUUUUUCUGGGCGAUGUUAGGUCAAAGUAACCUUUCUUGGCCAUAAUACUGUAGGGAGCCUGUCGCUGGCAUCAAUCUUCAAAGAAUCAAAUAUCACCUGGACAUGCUGAGGUUGUUUUCAUAUUAUUUCAUCAGACCAACUGUUCACUCCCCAUUCCAAAUGACCAAAGACCUGAAUUUCAUUCCUCCAACAGAAGCUUCUAAUAUUGUUCAUUGCUAUGAUAUUCUAAUACACCAAACUGUCGCCUUUCUAAUACUAUGGCUAAUAUUCUGUUAAUUAUAAUCGACAUCUCCCAAAGAAUUUAACAAGAGGGUCUCCCUCUAAGAUUUAUAAGAGCAGUUACUUCUCUAAAGGAUUAUAUGGGAUCAUGUGGUUCAUGAUCAAGAAUUUAAAGGCACUAAAACAAUUUUCCUUUUAGAUGGAUCAUAGUAUUUUCAUUGGAACGAUUAUCCACACUCAUGAGAUCAUGGAUCCAUCAAUGGAUCUGAGUAGAGGGAGGUGUGGUGUUGUACAAUGUUUAGUAAAGAGGCAAGACCUUGAUUGGACAUUAGAAAAGCUUUAAGAAUCAUUCUUGAACUUGCUACUGUCUUCAGAUUUCUACUUGUAUCAUGGCCAAAAUUCUUCCCUGCUUUCUAAUUUGCCCUUUUUUUUCUGCCUUAACAGAUUUUAUCCGAAUGAUAAUUGCCGAUGACACAGCAUAUCAAAUCCCCCCAUGGAAUUUCACACUUUCCUGUUUCCCACCAAAUAAGACUGAUGAGUUCCAUUGGCCUUCUGGAGCCCCCAAGACCAGUUCUGUCUCUGAUGAAGAUCAUCAGUCUACUGAUACUAGCUUUAAUUUACAUGAUUCUCACCCUUCCACAGAAAGUUUCUACUGUUGCCUUUGGAGUAAACAUGAUAAAAAUCCUUCCAUGUGUGCAAACAGUACAGAGAGGAAGACGUUUGUUUCUCCAACAGCCCACUCCCUGGCUUGGACACAAAGAGGUGUGAGCUGGAGUAUUCAGUGCUGGGUGAAAAUGGACUUGAAGAUACUCAUCUGUGAUUUAGAAUCAUCAUUUAAGAAUUCUGCGGAGACAUUGAAGUUUCAGGCUCAUCUCUCAUAUGUUCUGUCAGAAGCAUCACAGGAAGACUCACCCAUGGUGUCCCAGAAGGGUGACUUUCAGGUUGUUCAGUGUAAUUGCAGUAGAUCUGAAGACUGUGAAUGCCAAGUGCCCAUGCCCAUAGCCAAACUCAGCUCUACCUCCUUGAUGUAUCUGGAAAUUACAAAUGGUGUUCUGUUCCUCCAGUCUCCCCUAAUGUCUGUCAAGCUUAUAAAUAUUGUGAAACCAGACCCCCCGUUACGUUUGCUAAUGGAAAUAACGGAUGAUGGAAAAUUAAAGAUCUCGUGGUCCAGCCCACCGUUGACACCAUAUCAACUUCGAUAUGAAGUGAAAUAUUCCGUAAAGUCUACUGAGACCAGGGCACAGCAGAUUGCUGAGAUUGUACUAGAUACCUUCCUGCUCGUGGGCAAUGUGCUUCCUGGUUCUUCAUAUACAGCUCAGGUACGAGGCAAGAGGCUGGAUGGUCCAGGAGCCUGGAGUGAUUGGAGCACUCCUUCCAAUUUCACCACCCCAGAGGUCAUAUAUUUUCCACCAAAAAUUCUGACCAGUGUUGGGUCUAAUGCCUCCUUUUACUGCAUCUACAAGCACCGGAACACGAUCGUCCCUUCCAAGAAUGUCUUUUGGUGGUUGAAUUUAGCAGAGAAAAUCCCUCCAAGUCACUAUGAUGUCAUGAAUGCCCAUGUGAGCAGGGUCACCCUUCUCAAUAUGAAUGCGACUAAACCCAGAGGCAAAUAUGCCUACGAUGCUGUGUAUUGCUGCCAAGAGAACGAGUGCCAUCACCGCUAUGCAGAGUUAUAUGUCAUAGAUGUCAAUAUCAAUAUCUCAUGUGAAACUGACGGGUACUUAACUAAAAUGACUUGCAGAUGGCCAGCCAACACAGUUGCAUCACUGGCGGGAAGUAUGUUGCAGUUAAGAUAUUUCAGGAGCAGCCUGUAUUGUUCUGAUUUUCCAACUACUCAUCAUGCCUCGGACCCCAAAGACUGUCAUUUACAGAUGGAUGGCUUUUAUGAAUGCACCUUUCAGCCCAUCUUUCUUUUGUCUGGGUAUACCAUGUGGAUACACAUCAGCCACUCUUUGGGGUCACUUGAAUCUCCCCCAACAUGUGUUGUUCCAGAUUCUGUAGUGAAACCACUGCCACCCUCUAGAGUGAAUGCUGAAGUGAUGGCCAAGACUGGCUUGUUGAAUGUGAGCUGGAGAAAGCCAGACUUGCCAGAGAAUAAACUUCAAUUUCAAAUUCGUUAUGCUGUGAAUGACCAUGGAGAACUAUGGAAGCUCCAUCAAGCUUAUGGUUCUGAAUCCACAUCUGCUAGCUUCCAGGUGCUGGAUUUCUGCUCAGUCUAUAUUGCUCAGGUCCGCUGUAAGAGGCUUGAUGGCCUGGGAUACUGGAGUAAUUGGAGCAAUCCCGCCUACACGGUUGUCAUGGAUAUAAAAGCUCCCACCAGAGGACCAGAAUUUUGGGGCAUUGUUCAUGAAGAUCCAAUGGGAAAAGAGAGAAAUAUCACUUUAUUUUGGAAGCCUUUGGGGAAAAACCAUUCACUGUGCAGUGUGAGGAGAUAUAUAGUGAAGCAUUACACUGAGAGCAACAAGACUUGGGCAGAAGACACAGGAAAUGCCACGAAAGUCACUUUUCCCUGGACUGAAUUAGCACACACGGUCACUGUUGUGGCUGUAAACUCAAUUGGUCCUUCCAUCGUGAAUUUUAAUCUCACUUUCUCAUGGCACAUGAGUACAGUAAACAGUGUACAGUCCCUCAGUGUUCAUGCAGUAAACAGCAGCUGUGUGGUUCUUUCCUGGAUAAUAGAACCUACAGAAUAUACUCUAAUGUAUUUUGUUAUUGAAUGGAAAAACCUUGAUGAAGAGAAUGGAAUUAAAUGGAUCAGAGUGUCUUCGAAUGUUAAGAAAUAUUAUAUCCGUGAUCAUUUCAUCCCCAUCGAGAAAUACCAGUUCAGCCUUUACCCAGUGUUUCUAGAAGGUGUGGGGAAACCUGUAAUGACUAAUACAAUCCCUAGAGAAGACACCAUGAAGCAGGAGAAUGACCCGGGUCUUUAUGUCAUCAUUCCCAUAGUUAUUUCCUCUUCAGUCUUACUACUUGGAACCUUGCUAAUAUCACAUCAAAGAAUGAAGAAGCUAUUUUGGGAAGAUGUUCCAAACCCCAAGAACUGUUCCUGGGCACAAGGAGUAAACUUUCACAAGAGAGUGGACGUUCUCUGAAGUCUAAUCUUGGCUGCUCCCAGCUGGACCCGCGGGCCUUUCUUUAAAGAGCUCUUUGCUUUGACUUUCAGAAGAAGGGAAGCGGUUCUGUUUAUAAAUCAUGCAUGGGCUGCAUGGCUCAAAAUUAGACGACCAUGUAAGCCUGUGUGGGGGGCCCAUGAAGACAGAAGCCUAAAGUCAGGCCUGAGUCUGGUAGAGUCUUUUUUUCUUUUUGCAUGAAGGAAGCCAGCCGAUUCCCCACUAGCUCCAACGUUGGGUUAUUGGCUUGGAUUGUGUAUUUCAGUGCCUGUCCUAAUGACUGUGUCAUUAUCGAAUAUCCUUUCGUAUGCGAGGUGGCGUCUCUUCCUACUGCUAUACCUGGUGAAACUAGACAUUUCAAGCAUCUCAAAGCAGCUUUGCACGAGCCUCUAAACUGUAGCAUGGAGCUGGGUUUGGAUCUGUUCCCGGAGAACCCUUGCCUUCCCUUCCCAGAGAAUCUCAGGCCAUUUUAACAGAUUCUUUUCGACAAAGGCAUGUUGUGUCUGCCCAAAGCUCUGCUGAGAGCUGGAAUUUCCAGCAUCCUGGCUGAAUCCAUCCCUUUGAAUUUAGAGUGAACACAAGGGAGCAAUGACUCCAGUAAGAGCAAGUAGAAUGUAAGUGAGGGGAGGAACUAUUUUUUUUUCUUUUGGUCUUUGAAUCCCUGGAGUUACACACAGUGCUCAGGACAUAGCAAGAGCUUAAUACAUGCUGGUUAAAUGCCAGCUGACAGUCACCCAGGCUAGUCUCAGGUCCCCGGAGGGGAGCUUUGUUUCAGGUUUUGUUCUAUGCGCUUCCUUCUUAAACAUUCAGAAUUCCUCCCCUGCUCCCCUUAACUGAAUGAAUAAACCAACCCACAAACAUUUAUUAAAUACUCUGUGGCAGAAAUCGUGCAUCUGUGCCAUUACCAGUCAGUGAAAGUGGACAGAGAUGCAGGGGAGGUGUGACAGAGAUGUUAGAACAUAGGGUACAGAGCCCCCCUUUUUAUCAAAGCUUCUCUUUGGAAAAUUAAACUAAUCACUCAGAGGACACCCCCAUAGACAUGCUGACACACACACGCACAAUUAUCCCCAAACAGAAAAUAAAUGAACUCAAGUUUCUCUUUUUUAAAAUUUAAAUCAUACCCAUACAAAGACCAAAAAUGAGUCUCUUCAACAAAGUUGGCAUCUUUAACUUUCUGCCAACAGACUUUUGGGUUUCCUUGAACAUUAACAGACUUCCUGGAGAAGCUCAACUCAUUUGCCAAAGCAGUGGAGUUGAGCAGUGGGCUGAAUUUGGAGUCAUAAGACCUGGGUUCAAAUCCUAUCUCUGUCACUUAACAGUUUUAUGAGCUUAUACAAGUCACAACCUCUCUGGGCCCUGAUUUCUCCAUUUAUGAAAUGAGAAGGUUGAAUUAGAUGAUCUUGAAGAUAUCUUUUCCUGGAAGCAUGGAUACUAAAUACUCAGAGACCGAAUGUUGACACAAAUAUGGGAACUAUACAGGAGAAAUGGGUUAAAGGUAUUUUUAAAUGCCAUGGUCUGUUUACUGAAAUAAUCUAAGAUGCCCUGCUAGGUGACACAGGGCAUAAAGUGCCAGGCUUGGAGUCAGGAAGAUUUAUACUCCUGAGUUCAAAUCUGGCCUCUGACACUUACUUGCCAUAUGACCUUGUGCAAGUCACUUAACCCCGUUUGCCUUUGUUUCUUCAUCUGUAAAAAGAUCUGGAGAAGAAAAUGGCCAGCCACUCCAGUAUCUUUGCCAAGAAAACCCCCAAAGGGGUCAUCAUCGAGUGUCAGGCAUAAUCAAAAUGACUAAACAACAACAAAAUGCCCAAAUCAAACAAUGAUUGACUACUCAAAUGGUGCAAUGUUCAUAUAUAUAUUCAUGGGGCACAGAUAUAUGCAGAAUUUUAAUAAGCAUUAUUAAAUUAAUUUAUUCAAGAAACAGUAAUUAGGCACCUAUUAUGUACCAGGUAUUGACCCAGUCAUUGGGGAUACAAGUUCAAAAACAAACUAUGCAGAAUAAUUAAUUACUAGUUAAAAACUUUGGACAGGCAUGAAAUAGGAUGGUAAAUCAUUGGUACAAUGUAGAUGAACCUGGCAAUAUUUUAUAUGGCAGAAGGCAUCCACAAGCAACUUAAGGGCUUCCUUUAUGAAUAAAUUAUUUCUUUGCCAGAAUGGACCAUAAAUACUACUUGAAUACUAAUGGGAAGGUACAUCCCAACCAUUUAAGGGCUCUAUUCCUAUCUGCACAUUAAUCUCAAGACAAUUUUAUGCAUGAAAGCAGAAACCUUAGGAAGAAGCUGCCCAAACCACUGAGCAAAUGAUGGUCCUCUAUAUGUCACAGAAUAUCAAAGCCAGCAUCUGCUGGGAAGAUGAGAAGCUUGAUGAUGGAGACCCCUCUGUGUGGCAUGUCUGUAGGGCGACAGAAAGAAUGUGUUCCUAGGGAUGCUUUCAUUUACUCUUAAUAAUAUCUCUUUAAGCAGAAUCUAAAGCCAGUAUACUCAGUAUGUUCAUAUAUUUUAGUCAUUCAAGCAGUGGUUUCUUGGGCUUAAUAGUCAAGUGCAUUAAAAAAAAUAUAUAUGCUGUAGCUCAUAUCAUUUUAAGUAUCAUUUGUUUAUUUGUUGGUCAUUCAACCGGACAGCUGAAUGUGAAUUCACAGUGAAAUGUAAACUGGAGAGUUGCCAUUUCUGUUGCUAUUGUGUAUCAUAGUGGCAUUGUUGGUAUUUUCUAGACCAUAUCAGCAAUCUGUGUGUGUGUGUGAAAUUUUUUUUAAGUGACGUACGCACAGUUCUUUCUUGUUGGCGCUUACUUUUAAAAUUUACAGCGAUUCCCAGCGUCCAUCAAAAUGAGCCUUUCCUACAGAUUUCUGAUCUUCUGCUCCUGUGGUGGCAUUUCUGUUGUGAUGUAACCUUCAUUUUAUUUGCUACGAUAAACAAAAUUCCAUUUGU